CCCAGCCAGCCGCCGGCCGGACAUUCCGCCCUUCUGCCCCCGGAGACAGAGCUUCCGUUGCGAGUAGGGGGGGGGGGGAGAGUCCUCGGUGAACUCUCUCUGUCUGGAGCAACGUUUUUAAAAAGGAAAAGUUAGGGAAAAAGAAUGAGAAGUUUAGACGUUACUGAUAUUUAAAGACGUUUGUCUUUCGGGGGAACUCGACGGGUUUUUUUGUUUGUUUUUUUGCCGAAAGACAAGAGGAAGAAGAAGAAAGAAAAGAAAGAAAAAAGUAGCUUCGUCAGCGCAAAAAGAAAAAAGUUAGCUUGAAUCACCAAGAAGUUUCAACACGUUGUGAAAGGAGGAUUAAUGAACGCGUCUCUCCAUCUUGACUCACCGGGCACAGACAGCUGCCGGGCCCCGCGGCUGGAGCGCAUGAAAACGGGCUCUUUUUUCCUCCUCCUCCUGUCAGGUGAAGGCGUGUCGCUGGGCGUCGAGCAACACCUGAGUGUGCGCGUGCGUGUGUGUGCGUGUGUGUGUGUGUAUGAGUUAACCUGACAGUCUCGCGCUCAGGAAACGGUUCUACCGGGUUGUAUGGAAUUCUCUCCGUUCGCCACCUCACGAGCUCAGGUCGCGCGGACACGUUAUGGACCGACAUGAGAGCUCGCACCUCCUCGAGGUUUGACCCGUCGGACCGACGCGUGGAAACUGGGUCAGGGCUGUUUCGGUACUCGACUAUUUAUUGACCGGUGGAUAUAUAUAUAUAUAUAUAUUUUUUUUUUUUUGGGGGGGUUGCCAUGGCGUUGUCUCAGAUCCAAUGUCUGGAUAAUCACCACGUGAACUCGCGCGUGAGCGAGGGCAAACCGGAGUUCUUCUACAGCGAGGACCAACGGCUGGCUCUCGAGGUGCUCGUCACCAAGGGCCGCGACGCCUUCAGGGACUUCGCCCAGGAGAAGGGCGUGCGGGAGUUCCUCUCGGAUUCGGAGCUCGAGCGCAUCGCUCACACGGCGGAGGCCUACCGGCCCGGGCACGAGCACCAUCCGAAACACGAGACCCCCGGCCCGGGGAACCUCACGCCGGGGUCCGGGGACUUCGGGGGAGACGGCGAGGUGUCGCUCCAGUAUUGGCCCGAUCGGUCCGAGGGCUCGGUGGCCGAGUUGGACCUCGGCUGGCCCGAGUGUAUCUCAUACCGAGGGGUCACGCGCGUGACCGUAUACACGCAACCGCCAACCGAGGGGAACACGCACAUCAAGGAGGUGGUGCGCAAGAGCAUUUUAGCAGCGCAGAGGGUGAUAGCCGUGGUGAUGGACGUGUUUACAGACGUGGAUAUCUUUCGAGACCUGCUGGAUGCGGCCUACAAACGCAAAGUUCCUGUGUACAUUAUCAUUGACACGGCUUCGGUCCCCUGCUUUCUUUCCAUGUGUGGCAGAGCUGAUAUGCACCGUGGGCACCUAAAGAAUAUGCGUGUACGCUGCUCUGGAGGUGUGGAGUUCUUCACACGGUCAGCACAGAAGGUGCGUGGAGCCCUGAGCCAGAAGUUCCUCCUGGUAGAUGGAGACAGAGCCAUCUCUGGUUCAUACAGCUUCACCUGGUCCUCGUCUCGUUUGGACCGCAACCUUAUCACUGUGAUCACGGGACAGGCGGUGGAGACCUUCGACCUGCAGUUCUGUGACCUUUACCUCGUGUCCAGAGGCGUGUCUCUAAACAAGGUCCCCAUGGUCGAUGAACCGAUCCCCGAGCUGGUGCCUCACGUGGCUCCUCCUCCGGUGUCAGCUGCUAUUGCCAGGAAGCUCAUCAAUCCCAAGUACGCCCUGGUUAACACGGGAACCCACACGAGUCCCACUUCUUCUGACCAAAACUCCAGCAACAGGGCGUCCCAGCAUCCAACUGGGCUUAAGUUUAUGAAAAAGCGUGUGAGGCAUGUCUUUGAAGAGCCGCCCUUACAUCCGGGAUUAGCCCAUCUGGAGAAGGUGUACCUGAUCCCGUACCUGCCCAUCUGGCCGGAGCCAGACCCCGCGAGCGACGUGAUUGGCUUCAUCAACAUUCGGGACGAUAAGCGAGCCAAUCAGGUUCACUUACAGAGGUCGGAGAGGUUCGAGACCAGCAGGGCGAUACGCUUCAGUGCUCCGCUGUUUCCAGCAAAGACUGAGGAACCUGCUUCGGGUGGGGAUGCAAAAGCUGGAGGAGCAACAGAAAACCUUUCUGGGAAUACAAGUUCAGACGUCUCUACUCCUGUGAGUCCAACCAACAAACAACCCGAAGAGGAAACCCACUCGGCUCCGAAUGAAGACCAGACGGAUGCAACGGAGUCCGGCGGGCCCCCUCAGCAGCCGGGCGCCCCUUUAAUACCAGACACGCACAAACCGGACGCGCCGCCACCGCCCGACGUCACCGCCGAUUCACAGCCCGCAAACAACGACGAGCAAACUCCCGACGCUGAAACUGUCGCGCCUCCUGUUCCGAAGCGCCGCACUCUGCAGUUAGUCAUAGACCCCGCCUCCUCGGAGGAGCCGGGCCAAACGCAGGUCUCUUUGAUGAAAAUGGACCCGUUGGAAAGCCUCGACGGCUUCAACGCAAAGGAGGAGCCGGCGCCCGUCCGCGGCCGCGUAGCAUCCAAGGGCGACGGCGGAGACUCUGGGAGCACGGGCGACGGCAGCCAAGACAGCACCAAGGUCCUGUGCGACCGAGCGGUCGACGACGCGCCCUCGUGCAACUCCACGGCGUCGGAGGACGACUUUUACGACUGCUCCCAGCCGGAGCUGAGCGACCCGCCGAUCAACGGAGCGACGACGGGGUCGGGCCGCGGGCAUCGCCAAGGAGACGGGGUCAACAUGAUGGCCCGCCUCUCCCAGAGCAUGCUGGAUCUGCGGCCGUCCAGCCAGACGGAAGACAGCAGUGACCUCAUCCGCCAAUCACAGCAGCUCCGCCGACAGGGACACCAGUCACCACAUCGGCACAUAGGACAGUUGUUCCAGUCCUCCAAGUCUCCGGUUCGCGACGGGCGACAGAGAGGACCGAAAGUAAUCGCGGCCAAACCGGGAAUUUUUCAACGCUCCGCCCGAGCCGACGUCCAGGUGAUCGGAGGACACCGUUACUGGCAGUCUGAUUCGGCCCAGCAGCGCCCGGAGACGCGCUCGGGGCGGUCGCCGCGGCGCCACAGCCCGAGUUACCGGAAGACGGACUCGCCGGGCAACCCCUCGGGGAUACUGGGCGUGUCUUUCUCAAAACUGAGCAAUUUGAGACAUUUAAAGGCGCGAGGCGGAGCGCUGCAGAAGAAGGCGUCUCAGAACAACAAGGCUGAUAGGUAGUGGGGGCGGGGAGGAGGAUGGAGAAGCGCUGACUCUGCGGUGUGGAAUCUUCUCCAUCUCUGGCACGCGUGUCGUUUCCUGUUUUUUAAAACCACCGAAGGCGCAACGUGAGGAUUAUCAUUAGGGAUCUCUCUUGACUGUGUCAACAAGAGUUGGCUGUUUUGAUUUAAUAUGUUUUAAGAGGUAUUGUCUGUCAAUUAAUCAUAUCACCUUCAGGCCGGAUGGUUUCAGUCGUGUCUGAGGGGUAUAACGCGUCGUAGAGGCAGAUACUGAUACCUUGAUCUCCUCUGCCAACUCAGGCACUUCAACAUUGUUAGCGAUCCCUCAACUGUUUUUCUUUUUCAGAACUGUUUACUUUAAAUGUGUAAGUGUAUCUGCGACAUGCAUCCCGUCCCCCCCGAUUAUGUCCCCCCCCCCCCCCCCCCGAUAUAAGAGUCAGGCUCUGGUGUUGAUAGCUCUGUGAUUGGUUACUGAUGGUGUUAGGGUCGGGCUGCUGUGUUGAUAACUGGUGUGUGUGUGUGUGUGUGUAUAUAUAUAUAUAUAUAUGUGCAAUUUUAAAUCACUGAUGUUGGACCAAAAGUGAAUGCUGUAAAU